AUGUGCAAUCAAAAUCAGAUAUCAAAAAAUCUUCCUUUAAAAAAACGUCGUACCUAUAUGAUGGACACAUCAACUACAAAUAUUGAUCAAAAUGAAUAUUGUCCGAUAAAAAAAAAACAGGCUUAUUUACAAGAUGAUCCACUUCAAAUAUAUAUUCCACCUUCACCUAUUGUUCCAACACCACCAUCAUCACCACAUUUAGAAUUAUUACGUCAACAAUAUGCUUAUUUAUUAGCUAAUUCAACAAAUAUUAUAAAACAAAAUUAUUAUCAUCUAUCAACUCAUGAUAGUUUUAUAACACAAAAAUAUCUUGAUAAUUAUCGAGUGUUAAUUGACCAACAACAACGUGCUUAUGCUAUAGUUGAAGAUCAACAAAAACGAACAGAUAUAACAAUAGAUGAACAUUUUCGAAAAUCAUUAGGAAAUAAUUAUCAUAAAUUUUCGAGUCGUUGUUUAACUCCCGAUGACUCAUCGUCCAAUAGUUCUCCAAUAGAACGAACACCAGUUGAUUCAAUCGAAGAACAUUUUGCUCGUUCACUUGCAAAAUUUCAGCUAGUAAAUAAUACAUCAUCAAAUGAAGAUCAAAUGUCAUCGAUUAAUCAUCAAAUAACUGAAUCAGUUGUUAAUGAUCAUUUUGCUAAAGCAUUAGGUGUGACAACAUGGGAAAAACUUAAAGAAAAAUUAUAA